AUGACGAAACGCUUUCAAUUCUCUAAAGUGAUUCGCGCAACAUCAAGAAGGGCACUUAGCAUUCACACCCUUUUCAAGAUCGCGCAGGUCAUUGCUAGCUGGAUUAGUUCCAACUACGGUCAUUCCUCCGUCGAGAAAUAUCUUCUUUUCAACGCUAACAAGCAAGCUUUAGCGAUUCCUAGCAACAUCUGCGCGCCAAAGGAACUCAUUACCGAAGCCGGUGAUCAGAAAGAUCAAGGGCAAAUUGACACCGUCAAGCUUGUUCGAGCGCUCAGAAAAACUGGACAUUGCGCUUGUGCGUGGUAUGCUGCCCCAGCUGCGUCGUACCCUAGAGCUCCAGCAGGUUACGCAGCCGCUCCUCCACCUCCUCCAGCUUCAUCGUAUGGAGGAUCUUCUUACGGCGGCGGUGGUGGAGGCUAUUCCGCCCCUAUUGGUGGUGGUGGAGGCUAUUCAGGCCCAGUUGGUGGUGGCGGAGGCUAUUCUGGUCCCGUUGGUGGUGGUUACGGAGGUGCUGCUCCACAGAUCCCAGGCCCUACCCAAGGCGGUGGUCAAUACUCCGACCUUGGCGUUCAAGGUGGAACUAGCUACGGUCAGGGCGGACCAGCGCCUGGUUUGGAUCAAGGACCUGCACCUGGAGGAAGCUACCAACAAACGGCAAACGUAGGACCUACCUUGGUCCAGCCUGCUCCUCAGACUGAGCCUGCUCAGCAAUUUACAUCACAAGAAUCUGCUCCACAAGAACAAGCUCCACAAGAACAAGCUCCACAAGAACAAGCUCCUCAAGAGCAAAUUUCACAAGAACAAGCCCCACAAGAACCUGCUCCACAAGAAGCUGCACCAGAAGAGCCUGCUUCAUUCUCCGCUCCAGCUCCUUCAGGCACAUACGUCAACACUGGCAACACCAAUGAUAUUCAGACUGCACCGGUUGACCAAGGACCCCCACCUCCCCCACCUGCACCCGUCGAUCAAGGGCCCCCA